GGAGGCUUCAGUGAUCUGGAUCGUAGAAGAGAACAAGAAAGAGGUUUAGUGAGUUUUGGUUUAAGUUCGGAGGAGGAAGACAAUGAUGAUGAACAGUAACAACGGUAACAUCAACAGUAUGGGACAGUUUGGAGAUACGACGCUGACAAAGGUGUUCGUUGGAGGACUAGCUUGGGAGACUCAGAAGGAGACCAUGAGAGAACACUUCGAGAAGUACGGCGAGAUCUUGGAGGCCGUCAUCAUCUCCGACAAGGUUACGGGCCGUUCCAAGGGUUAUGGAUUCGUGACGUUCAAGGAGGCUGAAGCGGCGAAAAAGGCGUGCGAGGAUGCGACACCGGUAAUCAACGGGCGCAGAGCCAACUGCAACCUCGCCUCGCUUGGUGCUCGUCGCCCUAGAUCUAACUCUUCCUCUUCCAUUCCUCAAACCCAAGGGGCUCGUCUCGAACAACAGCAGCAGCCACAACAAGGAUCUAACGCUGGACCAAGAUCCACGUCAUCAGCACCUGCAACUCCAGUGCAGUGGUACUACCCGGCAAGGACCCCGGCUUCUCCCUACCACAAUCACCAUCAACUUAACCAUCAGGCCGUUCCUUUCUAUGGGUACUCUCCCGCCUACAUCGCGGCUGAUUUUGGUUACAAUCCGAAACUAAGCUAUACUGGAGGUUCGUACGUGAACGGAGCUCACUACUCGCCGCAGGUGUACCCAGGAGGACAAGGGAUGGUGAACGCCGCAAAUACAGUGAUGCCAGUGUACCCUUUCUACCAUUUCCAUCAAUCGCAGCCAAUGGGAGUGCAUGCUCACAUGUUCCCUCCCACAACAGCGGGGCCCAUCACUACCGUUCCUACUCUCAUCUCCAAGCCUCCUGCCAUGGCUCCUAAUGCAGUUUGUUUGACUGUGGAGUAGGUACAGGGAGGUAAGGGCAAGUAUGAGAAAAGGAGGUCCAAAAUUCUUAAAAGAAAGUUCUAAAUAAC